CCACAGCGCCGGGAGCCGGCCUGUGAUCGAAUCACGUGUCAACCAAAGAUGGCUGCUCCUGUGUAGAGAAGCAGUCUUGUCUAUGAGUCCUGGCGUGGCUAAAGGAGAUAGGCAGCACUGACAGAGCGAGGGGAAGCGUAAGUAUUUUCUGCCAUCCCAGCUUAUCUUUACGGCAUCUACUGAACGCUCAAGAUGGAAAAUCAUGAACCAGAUACUAUCAAGGAAAACUUAACAACUUUGAAUAUCAUAACCAGAAAAAUUAACCAACUUCCAGAAGUAGAAAAGAGUCUAUUUGAACAUGGAUCAACAUAUAUUGGACUUAAUGCUGCCCUCUGUGGACUGAUAGCAAACAGUCUUUUUCGACGCGUCUUAAAUGUGACACAGGCUCGCAUAGCUGCUGGCUUACCAAUGGCAGUGAUCCCAUUUUUGACAGCACAUGUAUCUUACAGAGGUUUUGUAAGUUUACCUUUGAGUACAGGUGAUUUGAAUUGUGAGACCUGUGCUGUAACACGGGGAGGACUUGUUGGUCUUGUUUUUGGUGGUCUGUACCCUAUUUUCUUGGCUAUUCCUGUGAAUGGUGGCCUAGCAGCCAGAUAUAUCUCAGCUGUGCUACCCGAGAAAGGGAACAUUUUAACCUACUGGAUUAGAAUAUCAAAGCCUGUCUUUAGAAAGAUGCUAUUUCCCAUUUUGCUCCAGACUGUGUUUGCAGCAUACCUUGGAUCUAGACAAUAUAAACUACUUAUAAAAGCCCUUCAGUUACCUGAACCUGGCCUAGAAAUUCACUGAUUUUAAGCAGAGAUGUAAACAAGAAUAAAAUGUUAAAAACAA